CAGCCUGCUGCCUCAGACUCUCCAACAGUCAACUCAGACUCUCCGUUUGUUUCGUGUCGGAUCUGAACUCAGAGGAAAUAAUGGCCGAAGUUGCUCCAGCUCCCGCCGCCGCCGCUCCGGCUAAAGUGGCCAAGAAGAAGGUCUCCAAGCCGAAGAAGACUGGCCCCAGCGUCAGCGAGCUAAUCGUGAAGACUGUGGCCGCGUCCAAGGAGCGGAGCGGCGUGUCUGCAGCCGCCCUGAAGAAGGCUCUGGCUGCCGGAGGCUACGAUGUGGAGAAGAACAAGGCCCGCGUUAAGACCGCCAUCAAGAGCCUGGUGGCCAAGGGGACUCUGGUCCAGGUCAAGGGGAUCGGCGCCUCUGGAUCUUUCAAGAUGAGCAAAAAGGUCGAGACCAAGGCCAAGAAGCCCGCAAAGAAAGCUGCUCCUAAAGCCAAGAAGCCCGCCAAGAGCCCCAAGAAACCCGCAACGGCUAAGAAGCCCAAGACAGCGGCAGCUAAGAAGACAGCAGCCGCUAAGAAAUCCCCCAAGAAGGUCAAGAAGCCCGCAGCGGCCAAGAAAGCAGCCAAGAGCCCCAAGAAGGCCGCCAAGAGCCCCAAGAAAGUGGUGAAAAAGGCUCCUGCAGCUAAGAAAGCUCCCGCAAAGAAGGUCGCCAAACCCAAAGCCAAGAAGGCAGCACCCAAGAAGAAGUGAGCUGUCAUCAGUCUGAACAUGUGAACCUGAUCAAAGGCUCUUUUA